CCCUUCUUCAAGAUGGCAACGUCUGAAGACGAGUUACCAUUGCCCCGGCUUCCGGAGCUGUUCGAAACCAGCGAAAAACUUGUUGAAGAAGUGGAAGUUACGACCGAACCCACCGGCUCCCAUAUAAUCCAGGAUAAAGUGGUCAAGGGACUGGACCAACUUGAGAAGGCUGCUGAAAUGUUAUCUCAACUCGAUUUGUUCAGCCGAAAUGAAGAUUUGGAAGAGAUUGCUUCCACCGACCUGAAGUACCUGAUGGUGCCAGCGUUUCAAGGAGUCCUCACUAUGAAACAAGUCAAUCCCAGCAAGCGUCUAGAUCAUUUGCAGCAGGCUCGAGAACACUUUCUAAACUACUUAACCCAGUGCCAUAACUACCACGUAGCAGACUUUCAGCUGCCCCAAACCAAGAAUAACUCAGCUGAAAGUAACACUGCUAGUUCCUCCAUGGCCUACCCAAGUCUCGUUGCUAUGGCAUCUCAAAGACAGGCUAAAAUAGAGAGGUGGGUCAAUAGCUGUAAUUUGAGAGCUGCAGUGCUAUUGGGGGUAGGAGGGUGCAUGCGUUUUAAUGUGUGUGGAAUACAGAAUAGUGUACCUCAUUCUCUUGGUUCUUAA